AUUGAAAUGAAUGGGAUUUUUGAUGAAAUCCCUCCAUUGCAUACGAUAAUGUAUUAUAAAUGGGUUGGGCUUAUGGCUGGGGGAUGAUGUGAUCUGGCUCUCGUUCUGGCUCUGACACUGAUUUGCUGUGUGACUUCUGGCAAAAUGCUCAGGAGGGGAUUUUGCUGCCUGUAAUGGGGAGAAACGGCACGGCAGCUCCCACAGCAAAGCCAGAGGUCCUGUUUCUGGGCUGGGUGCAGCCACACUGCCUCAGAAACAUCCCCUCGUGCUUCAGGCUCUCGGUUCUGCGGUGUCCAGCGUCACCUUGCAGGAGGCUGAUUGCCGACGUGCUGCGUACCCGCAGCUCCCUUCCCACUCAUUUGCAGCAGCUGGCAGUGAGCGCUUCUGAAAAUCAAACAAGAGCAAAUAGCAUGCCCAGCGUCAGGAGCCUCUUAAAAAGGCUGGUUCUCUGCUUCCCUGCACUGAAACAAUUCCUCUGCUACAAAAUGGGGCUUAUUUUGUAGCUGAGUGCCACCUCUGCAGCUUUGUAAAGCACGCCCAGACCCACAAGCUUGGUUUGGGGUUUUGGUUUUCCUUUUCUUUUUUCCUCCUCGGGAAGCUCUAUUAUUUAUGCCUUGGUUUUAUUCCAUUUGGAAACACAGCGAAUGUGCGUGGACAGUAGCUGUUUAUGGAAGUUAACUGGCCUGCCUCUAUUAAUUUUGCAUGUUGUAAAUAGCAGAAGCAGUUCAUUUACUUUACAUGCUGUCCAGAGAAGUCAGUUUUUUCGAGAUAAAUCAGCAGCAGUGUGCAGAAGGCAUCCCAACACUUCCUUCCUUCCUUCCUUCCUGUGUGUUUCUGCUUAAGCGCGGAAAGACUUACUUGUGAUGAAAUAUGGUAACAAAAUGCACGGUCGACAGCUCCGAGUCCAAUUUUGUUCUCAUAAAAGAAUUCCACAAAGGGAUGCUGAACUCAUUAGGAGCAAAGAAAUCCUGACUUUCCCAGCGCAGUGGUGAGUUUCUUCCAGCCCUUACUCUCCAAGGACGAGCACUGAGUGUUGACAUCAGGCCAACAUCAGAAGAUUGAUGUCUCCCUGGGAGCGAUUCCUCGGCGCAGAUUAACGAGGAGAGUCCAUGGGUGCUUUCUAACAGCAGCCCAACCUUUUCAGCCACAAAACGCAUGACUUUUGAGCUGGUUCUCAGCUGUUUCUUUUGGCCCUGACCCACUUGUGGUUUUGAGAAGUCUUUCCGUGUGUCGGGACUCAGCUGGAAACAGAAGGUGCGGGGAAUAAAUGCAGGACCUCGGCUGUGCCACGGGUUACCUCCCUGGUGGCUCGUCAUUCCCUGCCUCGUUCUUUCUUUGCCCAGGGAAAGCAAGAGGGCGUUAACGUGAGAGAAAAUGUCAGAGGGUCUCACAUAGGGUAGGUUUCCUUGCUCGUAAGCAUGUUUUAAGCUACAAAAUAAUACAUCGAUGAGGAGGAAGGGGCUUGGGCAUCUUCCAGUACAUCUGCAGGGUGGCCUUUACUGGGGCAAAAGGCUGGGGGAUUUCAGCCUGCUUCCCUUCCUCUCCCAUUUUCUGCCUCGGUGGGGCGCAGAGGGGCAGCCCCGCGGGUGCGGGAGCCGAAAACCCGAGCCCAGCAGCAGCCCCGUGCAUCCCUCCCGGACUUGGGGAAACCACGCGGCAGAUGGGGAUGGUUUAUUUUCCUCCCUCUUCUGCUGCGGAUCCGGCCCCCGCCAUGACCCUGGUGCUGCCCAUGCAGCGGCUGGGCCGCCCCAGCGCCGCCGAGGGAGCCGCCGACCUCGCCGCCUACCGAGCCCUCUGGGAGCCGCCCGCCUGCGGCCGUACCGCCACCGGCACCGCCACCGGCACCGCAGCCCCCGGCACCGCUCCGGCACCGCCAGCCACCGGGACCCCCCCCUCAGGAUCGCAUUACAGGGGAAUUUCAGAUCCUGUAGCGACAUCCAAGAUCACAUACUUUAAAAGGAAAUAUGUGGAAGAAGAGGAUUUCCAUCCACCGCUCGGCAGCUGUGCGCAUAAAACAAUCUCAGUGUUUGAGGAGCGGGCCCAUAUUCUUUACAUGUCUUUGGAAAAGCUGAAGUUCAUUGACGACCCUGAAGUCUACCUGAGGAGAUCCGUCCUCAUCAACAACUUAAUGAAGCGAAUCCACGGAGAAAUCAUCAUGCAGAACAACUGGUGCUUCUCUGCUUGCUCCUUUGGUGGCACCUCACCACAGGAGUGGUUCGUGCCUCAGGACUGUCCAUACAGAAAACGUCUCCGUAUGGCCAAGGAGGAGUACGAGAAGAUCCACACGUGCUGCUUCUAUCAAGAGUGUGGCAGUCACUAUUUAAACCUACCCUACUCGGUCAGUGCCAGUACAGAAAAUACUUCCUCCUCUUCCUCCUCCUCUUCCCCCAUUUCUUUGCCCAGCUGUUCCCAGCAGGUGGAUUAUGACAUUGGCAGUGCCUCUUCUUACAGGAGCGACGACCAGAUACCCGCUAACGAAAUAUUCGUCACCAAUGGCAGGCCUCACGGUAAUCAGGAAAAGGCAAAAUUUGCUGACGAGAAAGGCAGUAAUGAACCUGAGCGCGACAGUGCCCCACUAAACUGUGAACCUGUAAGAGGCACCCAUGCUCUCGAAUGUAAAGGCAAAUUUUAUGACUAUUUUGAGACUGGAUGUAAUGACAAGAGCAACGGAAGUGAAUCUUGGAAAAAAUCCUUAAGGAAAAAGGAAUCUUUACCAAGUAAUAAAAUGUGCUGCAGCAAAGGAAGUAAAAUAUGAGGCAUCUUUCUUGCUCCAUUGAAGCAUGUGCAGCAUGUUCGUUUGUCUAUCAGAUUUUUAUUUUGAAUGGAUUUUUUAUAGUUUUCUACAAAUGAUACAAUCAUGCCACAAACAUUACAUGUAGUUUUAAAUGACUGGAGAGCAGAUUGCAGAGAGCAUCGCUAUGAUCUGCAUCAGCGGGCUAUUUAUAAGUAUGGAGACUAUCAUAAAGAACGCAGUUGCGUUACCGCUUAGCACUGUAGUCUGUGCGGCUAUGGUGUAGCUUUUGUUACUGAAAAUACCAAUCAGCCAGAUGGGGAAAACAUAUCGUUUUAUACAUCCCCGCCCCCAAGAAGUCUGCCAUUAAUUAAGAAGAACCUCCAUUCUGUUUACUAAGGAAUUAGAAGUCUGGUAAACAAAUUGAUGCUACCAGCAAGGGUGAUGUGCUUCUUGUAACUCGGUGUUUGUUCUGACAAAGGACUGGCUAUGUGGACUGGGAAUAAACCAUCCUUACAUUUUGUAUUGAUACUUCUGAAUUCCUGGAUUCAGCGUCUCGUUCAACUGACAAAAUGAGACAUAGCAUAAGGAAAUAACCUGUUUAUGGGAUCUUAAUCAGAAACACAACAUGCAGCUCAAGUACUUGCACGUUUUCACCUCGGCUGUAGUAACUAAUGAGGCUUGUUGUUAUACAGGGCAGGUUUUUUUUUUGGUGCCUUACUUUUUGUCUUAAUUUUUGCCAGCGUGAAAAUUAAGUAUAAAUCAGUGAUACAGCAGGGAUUUAACCUAAGCAGAGGAAAAAAAAAAAAAAAACACA